AUGCAUCUCUUGUCUGGUGUCGGUGGCUCUUGUGAGCCGACUGAUAGAGUCAACAAUGUUCCGAGGAGAGACAGCAGUAUUUCCCUUGAGGAGAGUGCUUAUAAGCGGGACAAUCCCGAUCCGUCAAGGAAUACCCUCGUUCCUCUUGAGAGUCAAAAGAUCGAAGACCGCCAUGAACCCAGUUCCGAACAUGGAUGUACCCUUCCUACACCCAGCCUGCCAUCUUCACCUUCCGUCGUGGCACCAAUGGAUGCCUAUCUUAGGUGCGGCGAAAGCCUCGAAGCUAGGUUGAUAAGGCUUGGUGCAAUCCUGUCUCAAGAUAGACAGACAUCUGAGCCUGAGAACAUAUCUCUGUCACCAGAAGCUUCAAGCUGGGAUGUCGUCAACACCCCACAAACACUCGACCAAAAGGUACCAAGCACUCCUUUGCUUCAGCCUACCCAAGGUCCCAAGACUACAGACCUUCAACCAACAACGACGGACCCAGACAUCGAAGUCAUAGGCAGAAUAUCCGUUGACUCAAAGUCCGUGUCUGACCUCCUUCUGUCCGGAGCUUCGCAGACAGCCAGUGAUAGCACAGAGGACUAUAAAGAAGCAGUUAUUGAGUACCGAAAUGCCGCCAAACGAUCCAGGCGUAAGGACAGGGCUCGCAUUCAUAAGGACCUCAAGAAGCGAUCUCACAAGAAGAGAGAAGCCAAGAGCGGGAGUGUAUGA